AUGUCGACAUUUCUCGGUCUCAAGCGAAUGGCGUAUCCCUUGGACCCUUCUUUUCCUGGCUCGACUGCGUGGGACUCCUUGUCUGCACCUUACCCCAGAUAUCCCGACCAUGACAAGGUCUUCAGCAAGCUGUUCCCACGAUCCAAAUUCGAAUUCACUCUCAGCCCUUGGCUACCACUCGGAUUCUCGCUCGCUUACUACCUCGUUGUUCACGCCGCCAAUGGCAUCGUCAAGAGGAACGGAAGCAAGGAUUUCACCAAAGGCUCCGGUUUCUUACCCACGCUGCUCCGCUUCUUGAUCCUCGCCCACAAUGCUGGACUCGCCGUAUACAGCGGAUGGACGUGGGCCAUGAUGUUCCCGUUGGUCGUCGACUUUUUCCUCCAAGGCUCGAAAGCCGCUGGUCUCGAUGGUCUCAAGCUGGCGCUCUGCUCCAUGCCCACCAAUUACCCACACCUCGGGGUCUACGCGUAUAUCUUCUACCUCAGCAAGUACUACGAAGUAGUUGACUCAGUCAUCCUGCUGCUGAAGGGGAAGCGCGUCUCGAACCUUCAGUCGUAUCACCAUGCCGGUGCCAUCAUCUGCAUGUGGAUCGCUUACCGCUACCAGAGCCAGCCCGUGUGGGUCUUCUGCGUCUUCAACAGCUUUGUCCACACCUGGAUGUACACCUACUACUUUUGCGCUGCCAUGCGCUGGCCAUUCCCCCGAGCGGUCAAACGCAACCUCACCACCAUGCAGAUUGCACAGAUCGCUUCCGGCACUUUUCUUACUAACCUCUACCUCCUCAUCUCGCUAAACCCUGCCAAGGUCGUCCAGGGCUACGAGGCUCGCAAGGUCUCCUCAUGGCACCACGCACGCGACCAGUCCCUCUUCAUCCACGCCAUCAACCGCGCCGCCUCCUCGGACCCGACCACCUGCAUGCAGACCACUGGCGCGGAGAUUGCGCUUCACGUCAACACCAUGUACAUGUUCCCGCUUCUCGCCCUGUUCUUCAACUUCUUCAUGCGCUCCUACCUCUCAAAGGCUCCCGCUGUCAAGAAUCGCGGUGUCACUAAGACGGCUACUGCAAAGCAGUCCUAG